GCUAUCACCGUGGGUGCCACUACCAGUUCUGACCAAAGAUCUUCCUUCUCGAACUACGGCACAUGUGUUGAUAUCUUUGCUCCUGGUUCAUCCAUCAAAAGUUGCGGUAUUAGCUCCAAAACUUCCACAAGCACAAAGAGCGGAACCAGCAUGUCAUGCCCUCAUCAUUGUAUUGCUGCGGUAAUGUCUGCUUCAGAGAGUGAUUCUGAGAAAGUGUACGCUGCUAUCAUUAGUAACGCUUCCUCGGGCAAGGUUGGAGACGCUGAGACUGGCUCACCCAACCUCCUGGCUUACCUCGAUUAA